AUGAGCUCCUCUGCGACUAAAGCACAAUCGCAAAAGAUUUUUGAGAAGCUGAAGACGAAGCCUGCGAACAAAGUAUGCUUCGACUGCGGUACGAAGAACCCAACGUGGUCGUCAGUACCAUUCGGUAUAUACCUGUGCCUCGACUGCUCCUCUAAUCACCGUAAUCUGGGGGUGCAUAUUUCCUUUGUAAGAUCAACAAACCUCGAUGUUUGGCAAUGGGACCAGCUACGUAUUAUGAAGGUUGGGGGCAAUGAAUCCGCUACAAAAUAUUUCCAGUCGCACGGUGGAACAGCAGCACUUGCAAACAAAGAUCCAAAGACGAAGUACACGUCCAACGCAGCAACAAAAUAUAAGGACGAGUUGAAGAAAAGAGCAACCGCAGAUGCUCGGGAAUAUCCGGAAGAAGUCGUUGUCACGGAUAUCGUUGCCGCAACGCCUACAGAUGGAACGUCAAUUCCUUCAGAACCAGGAGACGACUUCUUCUCAUCUUGGGACAAACCCUCUAUCAAACGCCCAAGCAAUCCACCGUCGAGAACGCAGACCCCUCCCGUAAUUAGCCGCACAGCGUCGCCUUUCCUUAAUCCUGGUGCUAACAGCAACGGUGCACCAAGAUCAAAAUCACCCCUUCCAGGCUCUGAGAGCGAAUCAUCUUUAGCGCCCUCACGCGCAGUCCCGUCAGCCGUCAUCCGUAAAACCACAGCAACUGGCAACGCUCGGAAAACAAACGUUCUGGGAGCAAAGAAGACCCAGAAGCUAGGUGCAAAAAAGCUUGGAGGAGCAGAAGCCGUAGAUUUUGAGGCCGCCGAGAAGAAAGCGAAGGAAGAGGCUGAACGGAUAGAAAAGCUUGGAUACGACCCUGAAGCCGAGGAAGCCGCAGUACAAAAGACAGUCAGGUCCGCCAGCAUUAGUGAGAAGACUAAGAUCACUGCUCCGACCCCGGUGAACCCAGUCAAAGGCUACGGCGUGCCAAAGCAUGAGCGUACGAAGAGCGAGAUGGAACGACUAGGUAUGGGUAUGGGUCGUCUCGGUUUCGGUCAGGUGGGAGGAAGCAAGCCGGCCCCUGCUGCACCCAAGAAGAUGGGCUUUGGGUCUGUGAAUGCCAGCAGAGCCGUCGAAGAAGCAAACGACGAGAAAUACGCCCGCCAAAAAUUCGGCACCCAGAAAGGCAUCUCGUCCGAUGAAUUCUUCGGCCGCAAUAAUUUCGACCCAUCCACCCAGACUGAAGCUAAGCAGCGUCUGCAAGGCUUCGAAGGCGCCAGCUCUAUUAGCAGUAAUGCCUAUUUCGGGCGACCCGAGGAUGACAUCCCGCAGGCAGACGAAUAUGGGAAUUACGGGGAUCUGGAAGGCGCUGCGAGGGACUUCGUUCGGAAGUUCGGGGUCACCGCUGGGGAUGACCUGGAAAACCUCACAAACGUAUUGGGUGAGGGCGCUACUAAGCUGCAAGGUGCUAUAAGGAACUACUUGAACGGCUAG